GAGCAGAAAAUGGAGAAUUCACAGAGGCCCAAGCUUCUUUGUUUAGGGAUGUACAUUUUCUCAUUGCAGUGGAUGCUGACCCAUCAACAAGGCAAUGUGGCCUUAAAAGGAAAAGCAACACAAUCUUCUUUAGCCUUUAUGUACUAUGCUCGCCUUGCUAUUGACGGCAAUAGAGCAUCGAACAUACAAUCCCUCUCAUGUACACACACACUUGUUGAGGACAACCCAUGGUGGAGGGUGGAUUUGUUGGCAGUGCAUGAUAUUAAGAAUGUAACCAUCACAAACCGACGCGACUGCUGUUCACAACGGAUAAAUGGUGCCGAGAUUCGCAUUGGCAACUCCUUACUCAACAAUGGCAACGAUAACCCCAGAUGUGUCAUUAUCUCUAGCAUCCCUGGUGGUGCAUCUGUAAAUUACAACUGCACAAUGAGGGGUCGUUAUGUUAAUCUCAUUAUUCCCGGUGUUGACAAGGUUACCACUCUCUGUGAAGUGGAAGUGUAUGGGUUUCCAGUGCCACCGAUUAGGAUGCCACUUCUGAGAUUAAAAUUUAACAGCAGUGAGGAUCUCACCAACUCUAACAUGAGGGACAAAGUUCUUCAAAAGGUGGGUGUUUGUGAGAAUGUACAAUAA